CACGUCUCCUCCGUCCCAUAUGCUCGGUGUCGUCAUCGCGUUCCCUGCGUGCACUAGUGUUGUGGCGUUUAGUAAUGUAGAAAUUUAGAGACCAAAACACGAGUUUCUGGGUUAAAUAACCGCCGUCAGGAAGCCAAAGGGAUCGUUCACACCGACACCGACCCGGUACUAACACCGUAAUCUACCGGGGACACUGCUGUAGCCAUGUCUGCGGGGUCCGGGAACAGAAACACGAACACGGAACCGUGGGGAAGCUUCGAUGAAAACCUCAUCCAGCCUGGUCCUGGUGGGGCUGCUGUCAUCGACAUGGAGAACAUGGACGAUACGUCCGGCUCGAGCUUCGAGGACGUGGGCGAGCUGCACCAGAGGAUGGAGGACGAGGACGAGGGCGCCGCCGAGGAAGACCAGCAAGACCACGAGGACUUCCUCGGGAUGAAGGGCCUCAAGGGCCAGCUGGGCAGACAGGUCGCUGACGAGGUGUGGCAGGCGGGGAAGCGCCAGGCGUCCCGAGCGUUCAACCUGUACGCCAACAUCGACAUCCUGAGGCCCUACUUCGACGUGGAGCCCGUGCAGGUCCGCAGCAGUGUGUGUGUGUGUGUGUGUGUUCAGAGGGAGGGGACCCUGAUGGGAACAGCCAUAGGAACAUGUUUUGGUUACUGGCUCGGUGUUUCCUCCUUCAUCUACUUCCUGGCGUACCUGGUCAACGCUCAGAUCACCAUGCUGCAGACUCUCUCACUGCUGGGUUACGGUCUGUUUGGGCACUGCGUGGUCCUCCUCAUCACCUACAACAUCCACUUCCACUUCCUGUUCUACGUGCUGUGGCUACUGUGUGGAGGACUGUCCACUCUGCGCAUGGUGGGGGCCCUGCUGUCCCGUACGGUUGGUCAGACCCCCCGGCUGCUGCUGUGCGGGACUCUCUCCGUCCUCCACAUGCUGUUCCUCUUCUACCUGCACUUCGCCUACCACAAGAUCCUGGAAGGGCUGCUGGACUCUCUGGAUGGACCCAACAUGGCGCCCAUCCAGCGGGUGGCGAGAGACGUUCCUGAACUGACCCUGAACACGACGAUGAAGAACCUGGAGAUCCUGAUGAAGACCCACUGAGACACACACA